GUGUGAUCAGCUGAUUUAGGACUUUGCGAGUUACAAAACAGUAGAAUAACAACAACGUGCAGUAACUUCGCGUAAUUUCAAAGAAGGUACACAGGAAUGCAUCGCAAACCUUGAUUUAACUGAAUAUAGCCACCGGAAUAUGUCAACCAAUGGAUCCUGCUACAACCGCAGCCCCGAUACAGAGCGACUGUGAGACGGAGCCACAUUCAGUCUGGAGCUGGUGGCCUUCCUGGCGUCCAACCUCCAUGUCCCUUUUGAAGACGACAGAGUCCAAGAUUCUCGCCUGUAUUCAGAAUGAUCUAUGGGCCAGGUUUGUGACCUUACCAAACCAGGAUCGAAUAUGGACUUUGACCCUCACCAACAAGGUGUUUCACAAACCUGCAGCCGCUAAGACUCCCCUGGUGAUGGUCCAUGGGUUUGGAGGAGGGGUAGGGCUGUGGAUCAGGAACCUGGACGCGCUUUGCCGAUCACGGCCUGUCUACGCCUUCGACCUCCUGGGAUUUGGCAGGAGCUCCAGGCCUCCCUUCCCCUCAGAUUCUGCCAAGGCAGAGGAGCAGUUUGUCAACUCCAUUGAAGAGUGGAGACAGUCUGUAGGCCUGGAGAACAUGAUCCUGCUGGGGCACAGUCUCGGGGGGUAUCUGGCGACCUCAUACGCCAUCCAGCACCCUUCCAGAGUGUCUCAUCUUAUCCUGGUAGACCCCUGGGGUUUCCCUGAGCGACCACAGACACAGACCGAAGAGAAUCGUGGUCAGGGGACAGAGGUGGUGAAGAGGCCGUCCCCCCCACGCUGGGUGAAAGUUAUUGCAACAGUGGUUUCCUUCUUCAACCCACUGGCUGUCAUUAGAGCAGCAGGCCCAUGGGGCCCGGGCUUGGUGAACAGAUUCCGCCCCGAUUUCAAAAGGAAAUUUGAAGAUCUGUUUGAUGACGACACCAUGACGCAGUACAUCUACCACUGUAACGCCCAAACCCCGAGUGGUGAGGUGGGUUUCCGUGCCAUGUCAGAGUCUCUGGGCUGGGCGAAGAGGCCCAUGCUGCAGCGGGUUCACCUUCUGCCGCCCUCCAUGCCCCUCACCAUGCUGUAUGGAAAGUGGUCCUGGGUGGACAACUCAUCUGGGUACAAAGUGGUCCAGAUCAGGGACCAAGCCCACACCAGAGUGCUGCUGAUAAAUGAAGCGUCUCACCACGUGUAUGCUGAUCAACCAGAGGAAUUCAACAAAGUGGUCGAAAACAUAUGUAACUCUGUUAACUGACUGUGCGUGUGUGUGUGUGUACGUGUGCGUGCCCGUGCAAGGGCUGAAAGUAUGGAGACAGUUCAUCAUGGUGGUUUUAGCAGUGCACGUGAGGCAUGAUGGAUGGUUUUGCUUUGGGGCAAAUUGAUAAAUGAUGUAGCUCUACAUACGUGAGCUUGAAUUCUAUUCUCAUUGUACCAACUUAUUAAUAUCAUUGUGAUAAAAUCCUUUGUCGAUAUGUGUAAGCCAGUGUAUUUAAUAGUAGUAUGCUACAUUUAUUUAUAACAUAUGAUUGAAUUUAUUUGUGAAUUUAAAGUGUGUUCAUACAGAGCCUUGAUUGAAAUGCUUAAUCCAGUGCUGUAUCCUGCACUGGGUUUAUGUGUUACAGAGCAACCACUUCACACUUUUUAAAUGUGCCUGACAUCAACCAUUUAAGUACUGUAUGUCAUAUUUUCUUUGACUGCUGUUUUUCCACUUAUACCUCUCCUACUGUGUCAAACAGCUAUUUGUAUUUUAUACCUUUUAAGAUAAUAAAUGCUCAUUUGUCAAA